AGCCAGUAUCUAUUCUCCACGAACACAGCUCCAGCACAGAGACACAUUGUCCGCAGCUUUUUUCAUUAAAGACCCCGGGUCGACACUCUGUGCCAGGUGACCUGAACUGCUCCGAGCCUACGUGUGUCUACCACUAUCCUCUCCGCUGGGGAUACGGCUCAGUGGAUAAUUGGAGGGGGAAAUGCUAUACUGCUAUCAUGGGAUGGAGGAAGGAUUAUCUAGUGAGGACUUGGACUGUGGGGAUAGAGGAAUAAUGUAAUGUUUUCUUCUAUCUACAUCCAGCCUACCUGCCUCAUUCUCCCACCUUUUACCCUCUCUCUCCCCCUCUUUCUCUUUUUCUGUCUCAGGACCAGGUUAUAAGAGAGGGAGGGGGUAGCUGAGUGACUUUUUUUCAAUGAAAUCCACCUGCUCCUCAUCUCUGCUGUAUUAGAGAGAUUGAUCCAAGCAGGUUACCAGAGCCGACAUGGAGCGUCUAGAGAGAAGACUGCCUGCAGCUUUCCUCCUCCUUCUGCCUCUUCUGUCUGUCAGCUGUGUCUCCAAUCAGAAAACUACAGUCUCCUGGUGUGUCUUGUCCAACGCUGAAGAACAGAAGUGUCUGGAUUUGGCCGGGAAUGCCACAGCUCGGAAUAUCAGAGGAACUUUGCAAUGUGUCCGUGGCCUGAACACCAGAGACUGUAUGGAUAAAAUCAAGAAUGGGACAGCAGAUGCAGCCUCCAUGUCUGCAGAUGACAUCUAUGCUGCUGGCCUCUGCCACGGUCUAGAGUUGGCUGCAGGAGAGUCCCACAACGGAGUGGAUGGUAUUAGCUACUAUGUGGUGGCGAUGGCGCGUCGCUCCUCCUCAGACUUGUCCCUGCUGGAGAUGCACGAGCGCAGCUCCUGUCACCCUGGCAUACGCACCACGGUGGGGUGGACUGUUCCCAUUGGCUACCUGGUCAACACCUCCCAGAUCAGCGUAGGGGAGCAGUGCAACUUCCCCAGAGCCGUUGGCAACUUCUUUGGCUACAGCUGCGUGCCAGGUGUUAAGGACCCCCAGCACGACCCCAGAGGCAACAACCCCAAGAACCUGUGUGAGGCCUGUAUAGGAGACGAGAACGACAGACAUAUCUGUGCCAGCAACCACAGAGAGAGGCACUACGGGGAGGCAGGGGCGCUGAGGUGUGUGGCAGAGAACCUCGGAGACGUGGCGUUUGUCAAACACACAACAGUGUUUGACAAUUUGGAUGGUAAGAACCAGGAGUCCUGGGCCCUGGAUCUGGAGCUGGAGGACCUGAAGCUGCUGUGCCCAGAUGGAACCGAUGCGGGUCUGGACGAGCAUGAACGAUGCCACCUGGCAGCCGUCCCCGCUAACGCUGUGGUGGUGCGCAUGGAGAACAAGUGUCGCGUCUGGAAGUACCUGGAACGUUUACAGAAUGUGUUUGGCAACGCCACCGAGGGCUUCAGUCUGUUCAACUCAGCAGGCUAUGGCGAAUCCGAUCUGCUCUUCAGUGAUGCCACCCACCACCUGCAAAGGGUUCUGGGUAGCUACACCUCUUGGCUGGGCCCCACUUACACCACCAAGCUGCAAGCCUUCGAGUGUGAGGGCUUCUGCUGAUGGAACAGGAGGAAGACAUCCAGCGCAUCAACUUCCACCCCAUCCCUCUGUCUCCAUCUGUGUCCUUCUGCCACUCCGUCUCGCCAGCUCUUAUCCUUUCUGCUUUGCUUUUUGUGGAUGUUUUCUCUCUGCAUUCCACCACCCAUUCUCUAUUAUUAUGUCCUUGUCCUUGUCCAAGCUCUAGUGCUUCUUCUAGUAUGCUGGCUGGCAGGGUAGGACAUUGCUAAGAGGGGCUAAUCAGCUAAGAAAAACUUCAGAAAAUGUCCCUGAAAUUGAGCUUAGGUUUAAGAAAGGACACUGGGAAGAAAGAGUAGGAAAUAGAAAAGAAUAUUAUAGAAAUAAAAACCAAUAAAUUAGAAAAGAAGUGCAGGUUAAUGAGUUUUGUAGUUCGUAUGUUAUUGACAGUUUCUGUCUCUUCUUAAAGCAUUUUAAAAAGCAGAAUUACCCCAUAAACAUGAAACGUCUCCUCCUAAUAUUGAUUUAUACAUACAAAAAAAGUUCUGUUAAGUGAUCCUACCCUGUAUGUUUGUGUCCUUCUUGUUGCAUUAGUCUAAAGCUUCAGUACCACCCAUACCCUCCCUCCUCCCACAGGCUCUGUCUCUGGCACUUAACAACUGGGUGCUAUUAACUUUGGGCUUAGAAGUCUCAGUUACUGUGUGUGUGUGUGUGUGUGUGUGUGUGUGUGUGUGUGUGUGUGUGUGUGUGUGUGCACGCGUCCAUGAGAGUAUACACUUUUCCCCACAGCCAUUAUUGCCCUAAUUGGAAGUCUGGCAUAUUAAACUGUUUGUGUGUGAGUGAGAGAAAGUGUGUGUGUGUGUGUGUGCGUGUGUCUGUAGGUUUAUGUGCCUAUGUGUUAGUGUGUUGAUAGGAUUGCUGCUUUCCCAUGGCUUGUAUAGCUUACGAGUUUGGAUCACUGCUUUCUCACGUCUGGUAUGGUAGACCGGACUAUGCCAGCUCACAGUGUAUUGUUACACUAUACAGUUAGGGAGAAACUGGAUUAGGGCUUGGGUUGCCUCCAGUGACCCCUGAGUGAGUCUUUUCUAAAAGCUUUGAUCAUUUUCUCAUCUGUGACAACAUUUGCAUCACCCAAAACUCCCAAAAUGUGCUCUCCAAAACCUACUUAAUCUGUCCUGCUUCAACACGUAAAAGAAUAUGUGGACUCUUGCUGCUGCAUUUUUCUACAAUUUAUCAUUUAUACUUUAAGACUGAUACCAAUAGCGAGACACUGGUGUUACAAGCAGAAAUUAGUCAGUGCAGUGUGUUAUAUUAUCAAAUAAUUGUCAUUAAGAAGAGUAUUACUGAAUUAAUGUGCUAUGAAGAAAUGGUGAUUGUCAAAAAAUCCAUAAGGUCAUUUAUUUUUCGGACAUGUUUAAGGGACUGUAAUUAAAGAAUCACAGCUAAAUCACCAACCAGUUUAAAGCCUUACUUGACCUACAGAAUCAUGUACUGUAAAAUGUAUAACAGACUGUAAUUCUGGGCUGUAGUUGUCACCCCCAUCUUUAUUAUUUCUUUCACAUUCUGCACCACAGAGCUCGGCAAUAAACUGAUAAACCGGAUGAAGUUCUCCACGUCAAACCUUGUGGUUUUUGACCUCCUCAUACUGGAAGUUCGAACUAGUACAACAGAUACAAAUACAGGAAUAUAUUUACAGUGAUUUGCAGAGGCAACUGCAGGUUUUUGCAGGUUUUCUUGCUUUGAAAGAAAACCCAAUGCCUUCUUUUUGAAAUAAAAUACUGUCAUGUUUCAUCUCCUGUUGCCGGCUGUAUGCGUUAUGUUUUGGCUCUUGAUGGCAAAGUGUGAUUGUGCAAGAUGAAAGACGCCACAAUUCUUGAGAGAAGCAAUAUUUUGCACCUCCUUUGUGAAGGGUAAAGGCAUAUCUGUUGUACUAAUUCAACUCUGGUUUGUAACAUUGGUGCUGUUCAUUUAUACUGUUGUCUGACAGUCUUCAAAGAGGCUUGAUGUAAAUACUCCUCCUGAAUGUGUAGUGCUGCAGACCUUCUUUUUUUCAACCAAUUAAACAAAUGAUGAUAAAGAAAAUAA